AUGCCCGACAUGUACACCAUCCAGCCCUGCUCAAAAGCGGGCUCACAAUCCAAAAAGAAUGACUCGCCUCCGCAAUGUGUACCAAAUAUCAUUCCAUGCCGGAUUCACCACGAUGGACCAAUUGAUUCGUUGAACCGGUAUUGGACAGUGAAACACGAAAAGGACGAUACACAAACAGCGCAUUUCCGCGGACGCAAACUUCGAGGUCGGCGCGUCGCCCUCCCUGAUGGUUAUCAAGGUGUAGUUGCAACACCUACAGACCGUGUGUUACCUGCAGCUCAAAGAACAGACGGUGACAGCGCUGAGGAUGCAGAGGCUGAGCCCGAGGAACCAGUGAAGAUUUUGGAGACGCAGGGAAUCUUCGAGGAAUUUGUAGUAUGGGGGCAUGAGGCUCUUCCUGCGGCGGAUGAUACUUUCGUCAAGGGAGUGGAGGAGUGGCUGCAGUUUGCGGACGCGAUGCAUACAGCCCCAAUAUCAGCGACAAAUGGAAACAAGGAGUCUACUGCUGUUGUUUGA